AUGACAUCACCUUCUGCACCACCGGAAGAUGGAGACAAUGUUAUAAGAAGUCCCGUAAGUUUGAAAUUUAAAUUUUAAAAAAAUUGAAAAAUAACGUUUAAUGUUUUCCAAAUUUUUAGACAUAAUAUUUAUUCUUACGUUAGUUUUUUUUUUCAAAAAUUUAUGGUUCAUUCAUCAUCAAAAAUAAAAAUUUUUAUGAAUAAACAAACAACACUUUCGAUUCAGUCAAUUUUGAAAGGAUUAACCAGUUUAGACGACCUUUUUUAUCGCAAUUUUUUGUUGAAAAAAAUUAUUCGAAAAUAUUUAUGUACAGCGAAGGUUUUUUCCCAUUAAAUAUUUGGGAUGCACCGUUGUAUUGGAUAAGAAAAAAUCCGGUGAAUUUUUAAAUUGCAAAUUUAAAAAAAAAUUCAGUAAUUAUUUUCUAGGAACUACCAUUUGUUUCUUCAAUUGUUGGUGGAUUAUUUGCUGGUCGAUCAGUUGUUGUAAGUGGAAUGGUUCUUCCAGGAUUCGCUUCAGAUGCUAAAAGGUUCAGUAGAUUUUGACGCUUGAAAUAAUCAAAUAUAUUUAAAUUUCAGAUUCCAAAUUGAUUUAUGUUGUGGUCUUUUAAUUGAUGGCGAUCAUAUGGAUAAUAAAGCACUUCAUAUUAAUCCACGCUUUGAUUCAAAAGGUGGAUGGUUUAGUGGACCUUCAGAUGAUAAAUUGGUUUUGAAUUCUUUUAUUUCUGGAAGAUGGGGAAAUGAAGAACGAUUUGAUAAUCCAUUCAAAGAAGGAGAACCUUUUCAAAUCAGAAUUAUGGCUUUGGAAAAGUAUUUCAAGGUAUUUUUUUUGAAUUUUUUCAUUUUUUACAUCAUGUUCAUACAGAUUUCUGCAUCUGGUCGUCAUGUUUGCGAUUUCCCUCACCGCGUAGAACUCGAAGAUAUCAAAACCAUUUCAAUAAAAGGAAAUGUUCGCUUGGAUUUUGUCGAAUUCCAGCCACCGGUUAGUUUAUAAACCUAUCCUUAAAUUAUUCCUUAUCUUUUUAUAUUUAGGAGGAAGGUGCACCAACAAUAUAAAAUUGGUCUCAUAGCAGCUACAGUAUUCAAAUAAAAUAAAAAUAAUGAUAUUUAGAUGUUGUGUUGUGUGCACCUUCUUCUUUUAAUCGUCAUAAUUUUGAAGCCAUAAAAAUUGCCAAAUUUUCAGUUUGAUUUUUAAAUUUUAGAUUUCUAUAGGACCAGAUGGAAAACCAAAUAUUGUAGCACCAAAACCGAAAUCCGAAGUCAUCACAAAAAUUGAUAAACCGGUAAGAACGUUAUUUAUAUUUCAAAAAACGAAAAAAACAAAUUAUUUCCAGACAAUCCCAUUUCAACUAGCUCUCCCACCUGGAGGAUUUGUAUCUCCACAAUCUAUGCGAUUCACUAUAACCCCAUUUUUAUCUGCAAAUCGUUUUGAUAUCAAUUUGAAAUCGAAACAAGAAUAUUAUUUUCAUUUUCGAGUUGAUAUGCCAAAUCAAGCAAAAAAGUUGAAGGUAAUUUUUAAUUUUAGAAAAAGCUGACAAUGAGGAAUUUGAAAAAGUCAUUUUCAGGCCGCUGUUAUUCGAAACAGUACAACAAUGAAUGGAAAAUGGUUAACAGAAGAACGGACAUUUGGAACUUUUUCCAUUUCAUCGUGGAAUUACUCACGAUGUAUUAUUUACUGCAUACGGAAAAAGUGUUACGGUAGGUUUUUUUUUUGAAUUUUCAACGUAUGGUUUUGGAAACAAGUUAAAAAAUGAACCUGUGAGCCAAGUUCGAGAGCUGCGAAGUUUGAAGGAUCAGCUCAUUUGGCUACAAAACUUGACUGAAAAUUAUAAUUAUAAAAAUUUUCAGGUUGAUGUGGAUGGUUCUCCUUUCGUCAAAUUUGUCUACCGCGAAUCUGAUAGUCCGUGCGAAGUUGAUUCUGUCACCGUUGAAGGAGAUGUUCUCCUACACAGAUUCGAACACAAAUCGAAUCGUUGA